AUGAAAGGAUCCGAUCGGCGGAAUACUGCUUCCAUGAAAUCCACGGAAGGUCCUGGAACUGGUCGGUUUCGGGCCGGAUUGUUCGACCUGGGCUGUGUCAAAAGAAUAUCUGAAAAUGCAGAAAUGACACGAUAUUAUGAAGGUGAAAUUAUUCAACGUCAAAAUGAAAUCAGUCAUUCAUUUUAUGUCGUAUUAAAAGGUCAAGUGCGUUGUUAUUCACAUUCCAAUGGUUCAUACGUUCAAAUAGCGGUCCUUAAAUGUGGUGAUUUCUUUGGAGGAAAAGGACUGUUUGACAAUUCACCAAAUGUUACAACGAUCGAAGCAGAAGAUGAAGUUCAAUGUUUAAUUAUCAGUCGCGAACUCUUUGACAAAGAAUUAAGACCUAUCAUCAAUCAACUACAACAAGCUAAUCAUUUAUAUGAUUUAUUUAAAAAUCAGUUCUAA